UCUACUUCUUUUCGCCGACAGACAAAAUGUUCGAUUGGCUAACAGGCUACCAUUACUGUAACAAACAACACAAACAUAAGACAGAGGCAGAGGUGGAACAAUGCAAUGAAAUUGAAUUGCAAAAAAUACAAAAUCAACAGAGAAUAGAUGAGGCGUACUUGGAGAUAAAGACACAAGAUGACCAAAAUGAAGCAAAGAUAAAAGACUUGGAGAAAGAGAUGAAACAGAAAGACAUGCAAUUGGAAAGGAUUAGACUUGAGCUGAAGCAAACUGAGGAAAAUCGAAGACGUGAAAAGGACGAAGCGAAGACUAAACUUGAAACAUUGCAAGUGACAUUGAAGCAUGAAGAAAAAAUGCGGAAAUUGGAAUUAGAAGAGAAAAGAAAGGCGAUGUCUGAACUAAAAACAUUGGAAGAGAAAUUGAAGCAUGAAGAAAAAAUGCGGAAAUUGGAAUUAGAAGAGAAAAGAAAUGCAGAGUUCGCACUCGAAAAACUACGAGGGAAAAUGGAACACGAAGAGAAUAUGCGGAGGAUGGAUUUAGAGGAGAAGAAAAUACACUCAAAAGUUUGCACUGUGCUUUAGCAACGACAGGGAUCACGACAUUUGUAUGCUACUGAAAAAAAGUGUUGAACAAUAUAUUCUUUUUCUGAAUGACAGAAUAUUGCGUGAAAUUAUAGACAUGUACAUGUUAGUUUUGUCCGACAAUUUUACAUUCUAUAUUAAGCAUCUUCGUAUAUUUUUAUUUUUUUGUUGGAAAAACAAUUUUGUGUUGUUUCAAACAAAGUAUUUCAAACAUUUUAUCUUGCUUAGUGCAUAGUUUCACUGUUAAGCCUUCUUCGGUAUAGCGUCCGUCAGUGAUGUUCGUUUCUAAAAAAAAAUCGUGCCCUUUACUUAAUUACAUGUAGAGAGCAGGCCGAUAGAUAAGAGGUUUACUAAUUGUUUAUAAUAUUAUAUUUUAUGGAAAACGAAUUUUAUUUUCCACCUGAAAUCUUCUGAUUUGACAAUUGUAUGAACGAGUUUUCUAAAAAUAACAUAUUCAACCUUUAGAAAAGUUGAAAGCCUCUUUACAUAUUUAGUGUUAACUAACGCAUAUAAAAUUGUAUAUGCCUACUUGAAAUUUAUUACAGUUACAAAGAACAAUAAUAAUAAUAAUGAUGCUUAUGAUUAGAGGUACAAUUAUAAUAUUUCUAUCAGGUAUAACGUGCAUUUCGUAUUUGGCUCGACUUCCGUCCUAUAUUUAGAUCAAGUUGAUCAUUUGAAAUAUUAUUUGUCCGCGAGAAACAAAAUAUAAUAUUCUUCUUCAUCAACACAUAAAUUCUCAUUUUUUUUAUUUUAAAGGUCCAUUGUGCAAAGAAAUUUUAUUAUAUUUAUUUCAAUUUUUUUUUCUAUUUUUGGUAUUUUGUUACAGAUUCCAAAACAUGCUCAUUUGCCGUAUAGAUAAACUAUCUUCCCUCCUUUUGCUUUGUUUCCAAUUUAUAUAAUUUAAGUGAAUUAGUAUUUUGUAUGGAAGUCAAACUACUUCUUAGUUUACAUUUUGUUACCUUUACCUCAUGCACAUUCAGCGCUACUUUCUAUAGCUGUUUAACAUCUGACAUACUCUAAAUCUGUUAUUGAAACAUUAUUCAACACAUAUUUGACAUAUUUAAAGAAUUUGAUAAAUAGGAAUUUCUGAGGCAUAAUGUGUCUUUAAGACACUUUUUCUGCUAAAUCCACAACAAGUUGUACGCUUCUGACUAAUAACUACUCAAAUGAAAUACAUGCAAUUUACGGAGCGCACAAAAAAUGAACAAUUCAA